CCGUCCCUUUAAGGAGGCGGUGCCCGUGCCGGGCGGUCGCUCCGUGUCGCUGCCGUGGCCGCUGCCCGCGGCGCCGCCGCUGACGGAUGUAUUUGAAGAGGCCGGCGGGCGGCCUCGCCUUCUGCCUCUUCUACCUGGCGUCCUGCUUCACCAACAAGUAUGUCCUGUCUGUCCUGAAAUUUACCUACCCUACCCUUUUUCAAGGGUGGCAGACAUUAGUGGGUGGACUUCUGCUUCACGUCUCCUGGAAGCUGGGCUGGGUGGAGAUAAACUUGUGUUCAAGGUCUGAAAUCCUGUCAUGGCUUCCUGCUUCAGUACUGUUUGUUGGCAUUAUUUAUGCUGGCUCUAGGGCACUGUCUAGAUUGCCAAUUCCAGUAUUCCUUACCGUGCACAAUGCAGCAGAAGUUAUAACCUGUGGGUUCCAGAAGUUUGUGCAGAAAGAGCAGACCUCUCAUCUGAAAGUCUGCAGUGUGCUGUUCCUCCUGGUAGCAGCAGUGUGCCUUCCUUUAUGUGACACGCAGUUUGAUCCGAACGGUUAUUUAUGGGCUCUAAUUCACUUGGUCUGUGUGGGGGCUUACAAAGUAUUUCACAAGUUAUGGAAACCCAGCUCUUUAAGCGAUCUGGACCAACAGUACAUCAACUAUGUGUUCAGUGUGGUGUUGUUGGCCUCUGCAUCCCAUCCAGCAGGUGAUCUCUUCAGUGCCUUGGACUUUCCAUUCCUGUACUUCUACAGAUUCCAUAGUAGCUGCUGUGCCAGUGGACUUCUGGGAUUCUUUCUGAUGUUGCACACAGUGAAGCUAAAAAGCAGCACAACCUCAGGGCAAUAUGCAGCGUGGAGUUUCCUUGCAAAGGUUAUUACUGCUAGCUUAUCACCGUUCUUCUUUGUCAUGACUGCCAAUGUACUAACUAUUUCUUGGUCUAUCAUGUGCGUACUAGAGCCUUGUGAUCAGUGGAGUUGGAGAAGCUUUGCUUGUUUACACUGAAAGGACAGGCACAUAAAGAGGAACCAGAUCUCACCAGCUGGAAAAGAGCUGACUUGCAGCAUAGAGACCCUAUCGUGAAUAAAAUGCGGCAGCAGGAAUGAAGAAGUGCAACCAAGCACAAGGAAAUAGACCUAUCCUUUUUUUUAUUAAGAAAGAAAAACUAUGCUAUUAAUAGUGCUGUUAAGAGAGGAGCAUAGUUGGCAGGAUGGUUAGGAGCCUUUGCCUCAAAGCACAAAACAAACUAUUUCUGAUUGAUUUGGUAAAGGAAAAACUGCACUGUCUCAUGCUGAUGGCUCUGUGUGAGAACCUCUCAGUAGCAGCUUCUUGCACAGGGAACUGAACUCAGGAAAAGCUGCAUUCCCUACUGGAUGCCCAAUUUUUUUUUUAAUUUUUUUUUAACUGGAAGCUGACAGCAGGUUGUAUCAAACAAUGUCAGAGCCCAGAUCCUGCCAUAAAUUCAGAAUCGGGAAGGAUGUAUUUUGUCUCCAAUUCUUGUGUAAUCAGCAAGCUGCUGCACACAGGCCACUAGUCACAUCAUCUGAAAUUGCAUGGUGAAUGAGGCCAUGGGGCUUCUGGAGAUAAUACCCUUCUGGAACUGUGGAGGUUUGACAGCUUUGCAGAACGGGGAAAUCAGCAAUAAAUCUCAGUAUCAGUAGUGAUUGCUCUUUGUGUGUUUUUUUUCCUCUCCCAUUCUCUGAGAUUUCUCUUGAACUCUGCAAAUUUUUGUCAUCUGGAGGGGGUGGAGGGAUACGUACUGUUCCCAGCAGUGGUUUGUCUCUUAAAUUAUUGCAAGAGGCAACAAAGAUUAUGACCCUUGAGUGAAUGUCAUAAAGAGUGUAAGGCAAUUAAUCUCAAGAGUUCUUAAAAUAAUUUCAUUUCUGGUUGCUUAAUGUCUGUUAGAAAUUAGUCUUGAUAUAUGAGUGACUUGGAAAGAAAUCUGCAAAAGUAAUAUUGAAAAUGAGUUGAUAAUAUUGUGGGGAAGGUCUACACGAUAACAGGAGCUUGAUAACAAAUCUUCAGUGAGGAGAGGAACUUGUCUUACUAAAGCAUAGUCCCUUGGUCUGACAUUUUCCCUCAUAGUCAAUGGAAAGAGAGCGAUACCCUCACAUAGGUGAUUCUUCUUGAACAGGUUGCUGCGUUAAUACCACUGAAAGUUCCUCUAGAAGUGCUCAUCUAGCUGUAGAUGGAAACUAGGUAACUAGUCUAGACGAGACACGUGGCUUUUAGAAGGCUAAAGUUAGCUGAGGCAUAUCUGUUUCAAUCUGAGAAAUUCCAGCUGCUGGGUUUUAUAGUCUAGCUACAUCUUAACUUCAAAUAUAAUGCCAUAAUUUGAUGAAGAAUGUAAAUUUUAGGAAGGAUUGCAGUCAGUUUCUGUAACUGGGGAGUUUUAGGUAAAGAUUAGUUUGUUUUCACAACAUAAAAACUGUAGUUUUAAAAAGAGAAUUCAGAGAAGUUAUCUGGCCUGUACUGUAACUAAACUUAUCCCAAAUAGUCGCAAGGGGUCUGUUUACUCUGACAUGUUGUCCAUGUAUGUUGGGUCAUGCUCUGACUUGAGUAUAGAGUGAGCCAUUUUCUUGCCAGCUAAUAAAAACUUAGGUAUGGGAAGAAAGCGGAAGACAAGGACAAACGUGAAAGAAACAUGUGCUUGAACUUUAGUGCUUGAUAGGAAUGGUUGGACUUGAUGAUCCUGGAGGUAUUUUCCAACCUAGUGAUUCUGUGAUUCUGUGAACUUGAGCACUAAUCCUGAAUCCAGCAUGAACAACAUGGCAUGGGGAGUUGAGCCCAUACUCAUGCCCAGUGAGGCAAGACACAGCCACCCGUGGACCUCAUGGCUUUCCAGUCUGAAAAUUCAGACAGUACUGGGAGUAGUGGCUGCAAUAUGCUGCCUUUCCCCAAGCAGCUCACUCUGCCAGCCAAUUGUGGCAAUGCGGUAGGACCAUGCUGUGCUAACCUUUCUGCUGGUUUUCAAGUGACUCAUGACCCUGGGAGACCUCAUGGAAGAGUCUCUGUGUGACAGGUGAAGUUUUGCAAACAUAGCUGGAACCUCUGCUGUGCAAAAAGCUCAUUGUGUACCUCUCUUCUUGCAUAACUUUAAAAAGUAGGCUGCAGUCUGGACUCUUCCUUUCUCAUCUGUGCUGUUCAUAACAAUGUACCAAAACCCAGAGCACCUGUUUGCUCUCUUGCUUGUGGUCUCAGCAGAAAGCCAGUGGCCAAAUCAUAAGCAAGAGCUGCUGUAGCAUUUUGGUUGCAGAGGGCGUGAUUGGAGUGGCUGUGGGAAGGUUGUUUGGCUGCAACAGGCAUUGUCUUGGCUGGACUCUGGGAGGAUUCCGUGUCUGCAGGUGCUGAAUUGGUCUCCCUGCAUAGUAAGUCUGCUACCUUUGUAUGUAACUUCAUGCAUAGGAUCAUAGAAUCACUAGGUUGGAAAAGACCUUUGAGAUCAUCAAGUCCAACUGUACCUGUCCACUACUAAAUCACAUCCCUAAGCACUUCAUCUACCUGUCCUUUAAAUACCUCAGGGGUGGUGACUCCACCACCUCCCUGGGCAGCCUCUGCCAGUGCUUGAUAACCCUUUCUGUGAAGAAAUUUUUCCUGAUGUCCAACCUGAACCUCCUGCAGCACAAUUUCAGUCCAUUCCCUCUUGUCCUAUCACCUGGGAGAAGAGACCAACAUCCACGUUUCUACAACCUCCUUUUGGACAGUUGUAGACAGUGAUAAGGUCUCCUCUCAGCCUCCUUUUCUCCAGGCUAAACAACCCAAGUUCCCUCAGCUGCUCCUUUUGAGAUUUGUUCUCCAGUCCCUUCACCAGCUUUGUUGCUCUUCUCUAGACACGCUCCGGGAUCUCAAUGUCUUUCUUGUAGUGAGGGGCCCAAAACUGGACACAAUAUUCAAGGUGUGGCCUCACCAGUGCUGAGUACAGGGAAUCACUUCCCUGGUCCUGCUGGCCACACUGUUUCUGAUACAAGCCAAGAUGCUAUUGGCCGCCUUGGCCACCUGGGCACACUGCUGCCUCCUGUUCAGUCGGCUGUCAACCAACACCCCCAGGUCCUUCUCUGCCAGGCAGUUUUCUAGCCACUCUUCCCCAGGUCUGUGGCGCUGCUGUUGUGUCCCAAGUGCAGGACUUGGCACUUGGCCUUGUUAAACCUCACCUCAUUGGCCUCAACCCACUGAUCCAGCCUGUUCAGAUCCCUUUGUAGAGCCUCUCUAUCCUCAAGCAGAUCAACACUUCCUCCCAGUUUAGUGUGAUCCAUGAACCUACUAAGGGUACAUUUAAUCCCCUCAUCCAGGUCGUUGAUAAAGAUAUUGCAUAGCACUGGACACAGCACCAAGCCCUGGGGAACAACUGCAAGCUAAACAACACUCAGUUGUUUGCUUCUGCUUCCAUUUUUGUGCAUUAACGCAAUGUGCUUGCAUUUCUAAGACUCUACUUGAUGUAAGUAAAAUGCUGCAGGUUUCAAUUAAUUACUACAUAAACAAAUCAAGGAAGCAGAGUAAACAGUGAAGUUGGGCUCCUCUGUCAAACAGGGCUGGGAAGAAAAAGUGCCCUCUGAACUGACCUGACCUGUUUCAGGUGAGGAUAACACCUGCAGACCAGCAUGAAGCUUGUUAGUCUUGCUGAAUACUCCGAGUUGGGUGGAAGUGGACCUCCAAGACCUUCAAAAUCUAACUUAGAAUCAUAGAAUAGUUUGGGGACCUUAAAGACCAUCCAGUUCCGACACCCCUGCCAUGGGCAGGGACGCCUCCCACUAGAUCAGGCUGCCCAAGGCCCCAUCCAACCUGGCCUUGAACACCUCCAGGGAUGGGGCAUCCAUAACCUCCCUGGGUAAGCUGUGCCAGUGCCUUACUACCCUCAUGAUGAAGAAAUUCCUCCUUAUGUCUAAUCUAAAUCUGCCCGUCUCCAGUUUAUACCCAUUGCCCCUAGUCCUAUCACUACAAGACUUUGUAAACAGUCCCUCCCCAGCUUUCCUGUAGCCCCUUCAGGUGCUGGAAGGUCAGUACAAGGUCUCCUCAGAGCCUUCCUUAGGCUGAACAACCCCAGCUCUCUCAGCUUGUCCUUGUAGGGAAGAUGCUUCAGCCCUUUGAUCAUCUUUGUAGCCCUCCUCUGGAUCCGUUCCAACAGCUCCAUAUCCUUCUUAUGUUGAGGAUUCCAGAACUGGACACAGUACUCCAGAUGAGGUCUCACAAGAGAGGAAUAGAGGGGCAGAAUCACUUCCCUCGCCCUGCUGGCCACACUUCUUUUGGUGUAGCCCAGGAUACAUUUGGCCUUCUGGGCUGUGAGCGCACAUUGCCGGCUCAUGUCAAGCAGCAACCAGCACCCCAAGUCCUUCUCCACAGGGCAGCUCUCAAUUGCGUCAUCCUCCAUCCUGUACUGAAAUCGGGGAUUGCCCCGACUCAGGUGUAAGACCUUGCACUUGGCCUUGUUGAACCUCAUGAGGUUCUCAGAGGCCCACUUCUCCAGCCUGUCCAGGUCCCUCUGGAUUCCAUCCUGUCCUUCCAGUGUGGCAACUGCACCACUUAUCUUGGUGUCAUCUGCAAACAAACUGAGGGUUUUAUCCCCUUUCUUUGCAUAUUUGGAGUUACCUCAAAGUGCUAAAAACAUGGGUUAGCUUCCUUCUUCCUCGGGCUGUGGAAGUGGUGACAGAAGAGCCGGGGUCUGGUGUGGCAGCUGCCCGUGUGGGAGUCCCUGUGAGCAAAGGGUGCUCAAGCAUUGACAGCAACAAGCGGACAGAGGGUUAGCCUUUCUGUAGAUGUUGUGGAGAGACAGCCCUUUGCAGGGCUUCUGGCUGUUGGAACUAGCGUUGCCUUUGUCAACACAUCUGUGCUAAGGUGGGGACGUCAGCCUGGAAACAGUGAGCUGCAGCAGCUAAAAACCCCUAAAGCGGCAUCUCAGCUGGCAAUUCAGAACAGGCCCACCAUACAAAUCUAAAGGGGAGCCAUGGGAGGGCAACUAUGGGAAGACUCCAGCUCCCUCCCUACUCUUGGGAAGUGUUUCAUACCCACCAGUGACACCAGGGUAGAAGAGACAUGGAGAGGUGCUCCCUGAUCCUGGCAGCCCCAGGCGGGGAGGUGAUUACAACAGAGGGGAAAUAUGGGAAGGACAGGCACAUACCGGCUGCUUGCAGAGACUGGCAA